AUGGAUCCCAUCAUGAUAAUCAUCCGAUGAAGGCUGUGCUUUUGGCAACGGACGCUGACCCCUGCAAUCGCUUUGAGUUUCAGGCCCACCAUAUAAAUACCGAAGUCAUUCAGUAAUUUGCAUGUAGCUAACGAAAACGCAUGUCUCUGGUUCGUCAGCGCAAUAGUGUGGUUUCAUCCCGUUUUUCGAACCAUGACGAUGGUGCCGUGUGUUCGCGUACCAUCAGACAAUGGAUUGCAAAUAAGCGUACAUUUUCAAGAAUUACAACAAGUCCCACUGAGAAAAAAGCUUCCUUGUGGCUUGCAGAAGUGGGGGGCGGGGAAUACUUAAAUGUUCUGAAAAAGAGAAUAAUUUGAUAAAGCCUGAUAAUGGUCGACAUGCGGGAGGGUUUUUUCUUCUUGUCGCAUACAUGUAGAAGCACUUGAAACUACGACACGUUCCAACAUAGGCAACACAAGCAUGCUCCACGAGCAGAAUGCACCCAUAUUCUCCCUCCUCCCUUCAUUGGCACCAGGGCUAAUUUUUCAAACCACAUACUCGAAUGUGAUUGUCAAAUUUAUCAGGGACGAGAUGGCGAGACUGGGUCAGAGUCAACCGACAGUCGAUCGAUUAGAGCAUGUGAAAGACCAGCUAUUGAAAUCCACACUGCACUCGGGAGAAUAUACAUUAGAAGUUGACGAGCAGAAAUCUCUAAUUCUUGCAUAUGCUUUUGGGGAAAUCUACACGCCCGCGUUGGCGUUGGUCACAGGGAAACAUAUCACUGUUCAAUUCUGGGGUGCAGGCGAGGAACAGCCCGGGCAGCCGAUGAUCAGAAAUUGCGUCUUGAAUCCUGAAAGUUGUGACCCUAUCUUUUUCGAAGUUUUGGAUGACCCGCAAAUCGACAAAAGGCGGGGCGUCCUGGAUGUAAAUCCGUUUCUCCAAGUACGGGGCAUGGUAUCGAAGUUGGGUCUCCUGUUGAAUUUGUCCACGUUUGAUUUGGAGGAGCUGAGUGAUUUGAUGGCAGCCCCGGAAAACAGCGGAGGCCAAAAAGCACUAUUCCCCGCCAAUUUGGGGGUGCCGACCCUCGAGACUUUGUAUGAACGGUCCGACAAUGGGCUGAAGUAUCUGGUACGGGCCAAAGAGCCAGAAGAGACAAAGACAAAUGGCCGGCCCAAUUUCUCAUACAGCAGCAAAAGCAUUGUUGACCCGAACAACUGGUUCUGCUCGUGCAGCGACUUCACCAGCGCAAGCUUUGUGAUCCACGAUGCUAGCGGGUCAGACCUUCUUGGGGACACCGGGCAUGAGUUGCUCAGUCGGUUGUUUCGAGCUGCGGUUUGCAAGUUUCCCAAGAGCUUACCCAUUUGCAGACAUUUAUUGGCCGUAUUGCUUAUGUUGUUCAAUUGGGACACGGCCUGGAAUGCUGGGCUCGUGCGUGUCUGUUGGAUCAGAAGCGAGACGGAGCAAACGGAGCUCAGGCUGUGAAGAUUAGGGGACAUUGGAACAGAUUUAGUGCAAGCAGAGACUGAAAUGCAUGCAAAAGGAUGAUGAAGCCAGAAGUUAAAUCAGGAACCCGAGUGCAAAUCCACGAGGAAUGCUGUGACACACUUGCAAAAGGCAUGAUGGAACAUGAGUUCCAGGAGACCACAACCCGACUGGGUGCGCAUUCUUGAGGAGUUAAUCGACACAUACAUGGGAGAAGAUAUAUACAUGGCUUUGCAUGGAGGAUGAGUC